AGAAUGGCGCGUUUAGUUUGGGACCAUCAGGUAUUGUGUGGGAUCCUCAGUCAGUUCUAUUCAUUGAUGUGUACAAUCGCCUUAACAACGAGUAUCAAGCGAAUCGUUACACGACAAUAUACCAAUGCCCCAUGUGCAUAAGAUCAUGUAAGGCCUACAGGAAAGUAAAUUGCAGAAUAUCUUGGAUUAAUCUUGCAGAAACGGUUUCAGAUUCAAAGAAUACAGUGGAAAACAUAGCUAGUUCAUCCUCGAGAGAAAGUGUCGGCCCUGCAUGCAUUAAGACACACUUCUAAGUUGUGAAGAUCCGGUCCAGAAGAUUGACUUGUAGAAGUUCAGUCAGAAGACGUCAUUUCCAUCAUCAUGUGGUUUUUCGUAGUAAAGUGACGUCACGAAAAGGCUAGGCCGACUUGACUUUCAUGUUAUUGUUUACCAUUAUUCAUUAAUAAGGAGUUGUCCACGAUCAAUUGUUUCCACUCCUCCCAACUACAUCAACAAGAUUGGAAUAUAUGCGCACUUCGACAAGAUGAAAUCUUAUCAAGACUUUACUUCUUGACAUUUUACUUAGAAAAUACUUUUUGUGGAUUAUCAAUCCAUAAUCAAAUUAAUUUUUUUGAAAGUGUUAUUUCUAUUCGUCAAUCUUAGCCAACAUGGGGUCCGGAGCAUCUAAGAAGAAACCAGAUGUUCAGAAAAAGUUGAGUACCGUGGCAGCUUUCAGCGACGCAGGUAAACGAGCCAAGGAAAAGAGAGAACAUAAAGAAAGAGAAACGGAAUCUACAGAAACGAAUGGAAAUGAUCCAGAGAAGGGCACAUUUAUUACACAACCAGACCACGAGAAAGAGAAUAGAGGACCAGUUACCAAUGACAACAACAAGGUCGAAUCAUCAAUUCAAAAUGGCGUCACCACCACAGAACCAGAAGAAGAGGAUGAAGUUUUCGACAAGGUCACCAAAAUACAAAGUGUUUUCCGUGGAUACCAGGACAGGAAAUCAUUACAAAAACAGAAUGAAAUGGCCAUCAAAAUACAGAGGCGAUUUCGUCGUCAUCGUUCCUCGAUAUUGAGUGAUACCAGCGAAAUCCCAGAUUCAACCCCUUCGUCACCACAACCAGCUCCACCCGUACCAGAAUAUGAGAAACCAACAGUAAAAAAACUCACCAAAGAAGAACAAAUGAAGGUCCGAGCUGAAGAAAUGAAAGAAUUCCACAGAGUUUUAGCGGAACGGAAAGAGCAGCGGAGACAGAGAGCUCGUGCAUGGCGUGAUAAAGGUCCAGACACAGCAGACAAGGAAUUCAAGGUUGAAAUCGGUGAAAAGACGAAGCAAGAAUUUGGUAAUUUCCAAGACGAGAUCACUGAACUCAAAUGGUAUGCAGAGCAACAAUUAGAAAUGACGUUAUGCGGAGGAAAAGAUUACGUCCCUCCGAGAAUACUGCUCAUAUCUUCCAAAGUACCGAAGGCAGAGGUAUUAGAAGAAACGAGAAGAGAUAAGGGUGUUCUUGUUUUCCGUUACGACUUUAAUAACGACACAUUUGAAUCAAUUAUAGAUGCUAUUCGGAUAAAUUUACAAGAUUAUAAACCAGGAUGCAUGGCUCAGUCUCUAUGUCUAUACGCUCAAGGUGGGCCUGGUUACGUCUACAUGUUGAAGAAGAAGGUUCUAACGACAGCUAAGCUGAAGAAAGAAAGCGAAGCAGACCAAGUCAGGUUUUGGAAAGAGAUUGGUAAGAUGAUGAGCCGGAUACAUCCUGAGGACACAGUCAUUCAUGUUAUGGGAUGCAAUCUCCUUGGGAGUGAAAGCGGUUUACAGUUGUUUGAUGAUCUGGAAGACUUAAUGCAACCAAACAUCGUGCGAUUUGAAGCACCACUCGAACUUAGCCAAGAAGGUAAUGAGAUGAUAAAAUAUUAUUUCAAUCCCGCCAAGUACAAGCUGUGGAAGUCAACCAAGUACUCUAGAUCUGAACUCAAACUUCCUCCACCAAUGAAAUGAUGAUCACUUUAACUAUUAUGUGUUUGGAUUACAAUUACGGAUGAAUCCACAAUAAGAUUAAUCAACUUAAUGAGUGUCUCACUGAGCGAUGAAUGCUUGCGAACCCAUCGAGUUUGGAUUUUGCUAUUCUUAAAAUGUAUCAAACUAUUCGCAAAAAGGUGGCAACAAAUGUCUUAGACAAUUAAAUCAUGGCAAAAUAAGUUUGUUUUGUUUUUGUUUCUUUGUCGCAGAGAAUUUUGAACUCGUUCCAAAAAUUUCUGCAAACGGUUGCUAGCAUUUGCAAAACAUUCAUGGCAAGACAUUGCCUCUGUAUAGGGUUGCAAGACGAUGUCGAUGAAGUUCUUUUAUCAUUCACCAAUGCUAGCGACCGCAUGACUGUUGGACGUUUGCAAACACAAACUUGUUUGUGUCAAAACAGUUCGCAAUUAGAUUUUGAAUAAAAAAAAAAUCGUGUUUGCAACACUCGUCGGAAAAGAUGGUAUAUCCAAGCAUCGCUAGAGUUGCAAGCAUUGGCUUUCUAGUGGACAAUCUCAUUAGGAUAAAUCAUUUGUAUUCUGGAUCUUUCAUACAUUAAAAUUUAGCUUGAUUUCAAACCUACAAAAUUUGAAAUGUGCCAAACGCAUUACAUUGGCAUUUUUCUUGCAAUGACACUAUGCUAAGAUAUUGGAAUAUGCUUUUUCAAACCUAGGUGUGUCACUGUUUAGUAAAUAACUGCAUUGAGUCUUUAAAAACUUGAUUUACAUUUGAAAAACCUAUAUGGGAGGUUCUUAUACUUCAGAAUGCCUUUAAGAUUAAGACAAUUUUUUCUGAUUUCAUUGUAUGUUAUAGAUUGCCAUACAUUCCCUUUUGCAUUUUCAGGACAUACUGUUAAAGGGGAAGUUCACCCUGACAAAAAGUUUAUCGUAAAAAUAGCAGAAAAAAUAAUGAAAA